UCAAAGAAAGAAGAAGGUUGAAAAGUGAUGGCAAUGCGCGGGAGCAACCGCUUCAGACAGUUACACAGCAGAAGCUGCCUACGCUCCCUCCAAACAACCACCACUGCAAAUCGGAAGCCGUCAACAAGAAAACAACCCAAAACGACGUCGUCCCUCGCCACUGACGCCGACAUUGUGAAAUGGAACAUUGCCAUCACCAACCACAUGCGAAACGGACAAUGCGACUCCGCUCUCCGCCUCUUCAACUCCAUGCCUCGCCGGAGUUCGAUUUCUUGGAACGCCAUGAUCUCCGGUUACUUAUCGAAUGAUAAAUUUUAUCUCGCUCGCCAGUUGUUUGAGAAAAUGCCCACAAGAGACUUGGUUUCAUGGAAUGUGAUGAUUAGUGGGUGUGUCCGGUAUCGGAAUCUACGGGCUGCGCGUUUGUUGUUUGAUCAAAUGCCUGAAAGGGAUGUUGUUUCGUGGAAUGCGAUGUUAUCCGGUUAUGCGCAGAAUGGGUAUGUGAAGGAGGCUAAGGAGAUUUUUGAUGAGAUGCCAUGUAAGAAUUCAAUAUCUUGGAAUGGAAUGCUUGCAGCGUAUGUGCAGAAUGGGCGGAUAGAGGAUGCGCGGAGGCUAUUUGAGUCCAAAGCGGAUUGGGAGUUGAUUUCUUGGAACUGUAUGAUGGGUGGAUAUGUGAAGAGGAAUAGGUUGGUUGAUGCGAGGGGAAUUUUUGAUAGAAUGCCAGAGAGGGAUGAAGUUUCAUGGAAUACUAUGAUUACGGGGUAUGCCCAGAAUGGGGAGUUGUUGGAAGCACAGAGAUUGUUUGAGGAGUCUCCAGUUCGGGACGUCUUCACUUGGACAGCAAUGGUGUCAGGGUAUGUGCAGAAUGGGAUGUUGGAUGAAGCCAGAAGAGUUUUUGAUGAAAUGCCGGAGACGAAUUCAGUUUCAUGGAAUGCUAUUAUCGCAGGUUAUGUGCAAUGUAAGAGAAUGGACCAGGCAAGGGAGUUGUUCGAGGCUAUGCCUUGUCAGAAUGUUUCUUCUUGGAAUACAAUGAUUACUGGCUAUGCACAGAAUGGUGAUAUUGCUCAAGCUAGCAAUUUUUUUGACAGGAUGCCUCAGCGUGAUUCCAUCUCAUGGGCAGCUAUUAUUGCUGGAUAUGCCCAAAGUGGCUAUGGUGAAGAGGCUUUGCAUCUAUUUCUGGAGAUGAAGAGAGAUGGCGAAAGAUUGAAUAGGUCUACAUUUACAAGUAUUUUGAGCACAUGUGCUGAGAUUGCUGCUUUGGAAUUGGGGAAGCAAGUGCAUGGACGGGUUGUAAAGGCAGGAUUGGAAAGUGGGUGUUAUGUGGGGAAUGCACUUCUUGUAAUGUAUUGUAAGUGUGGAAGCAUAGACGAUGCAUACAUUGUGUUUGAGGGAAUUGAAGAAAAAGAAGUUGUGUCAUGGAAUACAAUGAUUGCUGGUUAUGCAAGACAUGGAUUUGGCAAAGAGGCUCUGAUGCUUUUUGAGUCAAUGAAGAAAACCGGUAUCCUACCAGAUGAUGUCACAAUGGUUGGCAUUUUAUCUGCAUGUAGCCAUACUGGCUUAGUAGACAAAGGCACAGAAUAUUUUUAUUCAAUGACUCAGGAUUAUGGUAUAACUGCAAAUUCAAAACACUAUACUUGCAUGAUUGAUCUUCUGGGAAGAGCAGGGCGCCUGGAUGAUGCCCAAAAUCUAAUGAAGAACAUGCCUUUUGAACCUGAUGCUGCAACAUGGGGUGCUUUGCUUGGUGCUAGCAGGAUUCAUGGCAAUACAGAGUUGGGUGAAAAGGCUGCUAAGAUGAUUUUUGAGAUGGAACCUGAUAAUUCAGGAAUGUAUGUUCUUCUUUCAAACUUAUAUGCAGCUUCUGGGAGGUGGGGUGAUGUUGGUAGGAUGAGAUUAAGAAUGAGGGAUAGAGGUGUGAAGAAAGUGCCUGGGUAUAGUUGGGUUGAAGUGCAAAACAAGAUUCACACAUUUACAGUUGGGGAUUCUGUUCACCCAGAGAGGGAUAGGAUAUACACCUUUUUGGAAGAGUUGGAUCUCAAGAUGAAGAAGGAGGGUUAUGUUUCUUCUACAAAGUUGGUUUUACAUGAUGUAGAAGAGGAGGAGAAGGUGCAUAUGCUCAAGUAUCAUAGUGAAAAACUAGCAGUUGCAUUUGGAAUACUGGCCAUUCCUGCUGGAAGACCAAUCCGUGUGAUAAAGAAUUUGCGGGUGUGUGAAGAUUGCCACAAUGCAAUGAAACACAUAUCCAAGAUUGUGGGAAGGUUGAUAAUCUUAAGGGAUUCUCACCGCUUUCAUCACUUUAAUGGGGGCCAAUGUUCUUGUGGGGACUAUUGGUGAGAUUGGAAUGGUCAAUAAGGAGAAAAAGCAAAUGAUUGCUUCUGAAAAUUUACUCACCAAACGUUUAACCCUUGUGGGUGAACAUGUUCCUUUCUUAUUUUCUGUUUGGUUGGUGUUUUUUAUAACUCGUGCAAGGAGAGAAUGGACACAACUGCUGCUUCCUUCAAUGGUGGAUUACAUUGUGUGGAAAAGAAAACCCAUUUCUACAAGGACUUCUAGUUAGAUGUGGAACUACAGUCAACUCCUUCAAAAGCUCAAAAUGAUCAAUCUGUACACCUUCUACAUGCUAAUAAUUUAAAGAAAUUAAGAAAAUAGCGCUGCCAUUACUAUUGGAAGCUGUGGUUUAUGAUCAUGAUCAUUUUUUGAAGAUGUCAGGAUGCCAGACAAAUAGAAAUUUGAAGAAUAAGUUCAUCGUGAAAGGAAAAGGUGCUUUAGAUUCAGCCAAAAACAUGGAGGUGAGGAGACUACAUCUAGUUCUGUUGGAAGCUGCAUCAUCAACCUAGAUCAAAAGAAAGCUUUUUGUUGACUCUAUCCUUGAUUUUUGCUUUAAAACUUUACUUUGAGAUAUAUGAUUUCUUUCUGUCUGUAAAAGGCUUCCUUGUGCUGUUAAAUAAGAGCUUUAUAAGUGAGAAGACUAAUACUGGAAUUCUUGAGAAAUCCAGUUUCUGUUUAGUGCAUUUCUGAACAUCGGAUUUCCAUGUCUGCAGGGAAGACAGGCACACACCUGGAAUGCAAAAACAUUACUGAACAAGAGGUCUCAAACAACUUCAACCAAAGGUCAUAAGUAGAAUGGCGGUAACCUGCAUGUCAUACUCUUCCCAGCCAGCAUCUCCAACCUGACUUUGUAUCUGCAUCCUGCUGGUGUUCAUUUUACAUCCAAAUGCCAGAUGUUAGACCAAGAAGACUAUACCUUAUACAUCAGUUUUGGCUUCCAGCAGUCAUCUCCAAGGUGGAGCAAAACUUGAUUGCCCUUGCUGAAUUGAUCUGCUCCUCCCGGGAGAUGACUACUGGAAGCCAAAACUCGUAUUUGUGUGUGUGUAUGCUCUGUUUGCUUCUUUUCAGUUUUUUAGACUUGAGCUGAGGAAAUAAGUGAAGGCCAGUCCUGAAAAUCACAUGCCUCUCUUAACAGGAAAAGAAAAAGGAAAAAAUAAAAAAAUAAAAAGGGAAAAAAAGAAGAAAAGAAAUUGUACUUCUGCUAAUGUUCUGAGAGAACGGUAUGAACUUAGUGAUGUGCUAUAUGGAAAGGGCGAUUUGCUGGAGAAUGUUUGUGUUACAACUUUGUAUGAAGCUACUUUUGUAAUACCCUCAUCCAAAUUUUUUACUUUCUUUGUGAAAUAAAAAUAAUUAUUUCGGUUA